AUGUCGGCUCCAAUAUCGAAUACAGAUCCUUUGAAUACCUCUAUUCAAAUAACUCCUGACUCGUUGAGCAUCCAAGCCAAAUGUGCAAUUGUUAGUCAACUCUUCACGGGUGUCGGCGUGAGUACAGCAAUAGGGCGUAGUGAUGUUCUUGAUUAUGAACUGUACUUCGCUUAUUAUACCGAGCAGUGCAAUCAGGCUUUGCAUGAUGGAGGAAGGCAUAUUUCGGCGAGAACACACCGUGAUAUUAUCGAAACUUUUGAGCACUUCAAAAGCGGCGUAUCACGAGAAGAUAUCAUACAAGUCUUGAUGACUACAUUGCCAACUCACAGACAGACUACUGAUGGGGAGAAGCUAGCCAAUGGAACUAUUGACCUAGCAGCACGUCUCGUUCUGAUGAUGGAUUUUGGCGAAUUGAAGUAUGGGUUCACAGGUCGACAACAGCUAGUUUGGACCUCCGGUUCUCUGUCGGACUUUCUAAUCCGAUCGUUUAAGCCACCACCGGGGCAAGACGAAGUGAAGUUGGAAAAGGGAUUCAAUGCUCAAAACCUUGAGCGCAUUGCUGGGAUUGAGAUAGAAUGGACUUCAAAUAUGAUGGAUCACCUUCGGUUGAUGGAUGAUGACAGAAAAUUGGCAAUAUUUCAUCAUGCUUCUUUUCUGGAAUGUCAAUGCAAUAACACUAUGUUCCCAGCGGAUUUCAUACAAGAAACUGUUCGCAGCCUAGCGCUUCUAUUCCCUCAAAAUGAUAAGGAUUGUAGAAGCUGGUUCAAGAAAGUCAGUACUUCGCACAGGCUCGAUAAAAAAGCGAUCCAGUGCGGCCGUCUCCGGGCGGAAGAUAGACGUAUCAAGAACUUCCAGUACUGGGGCGAAAGAUUAUCUACUUUGAAAGAACUUUUCGAUGAGGCAGAGCCAGGUACCAUCAAACAAUGGUGGUUUGAUAGGAGGAAGCGGGUGCAAUGGUACACAUUCUGGGUGGCAAUCUGGGUCCUUUUCUUGACUGUGAUGUUUGGGAUCAUCCAAUCAGUGGAAGGCGCUUUACAGGUCUAUAAAGCAUUCCAAUCGCCGUCGUAG